CAUUAAUCCCAAGUCCUCCAGCUGUUUACAAGCUUUUGACAUCAUUAUCUGCAAUUAUGGCUUCCUGGGAUGAUCGUACUGUCACGAACGAGCACUUGCUGCCCUACGUCGACUCAAGCACAGCUCCGCCUGACAUUAAGGCUGCUCUUCAAACUCUUCCAUUUGAGAGGAAUGUCUUCAAGCUCCUCGCAAACAGCAAUGUAUUCUUCAAACCAUUCAUGAACCUCCUGUCCUCGGCCUGGAGCGAACAACGACAGAUCCGCUCCACCGAUUGGCAACUCAUCGUUCUACGUACAGCAGCUACCUUGAAUGCUCCUUAUGAGUGGGACGUGAACGAGCCCGUUGCUCGUAUUUUUGGCUUCUCCGAGGAACAGUUCACUGCUCUUCGCAAGGCCGAUGAAGAUUUGCCAGAGGGUCUUUUCACUGUGCGUCAACGCCUUUUGGGGCGCAUUGUUACGACUCUCGGACGCGAAGAGAAGGUUGAUACAGAGACCAUUGUGGAAGCCAAGAAAACAUUCAGUAACGAGGAGAUUACGGAGAUCUUCUACGUGCAGGGAAUCUAUAGUUUCUUGGCCAGAUUUAUGAAUAGUGCUCGCAUUGACUUUGAUGAGCCGAUCCCGGGGUUGGAGGAUCAGCUGCGCAAGUACAACGCCAAGACCAUUGAGAAGGAAAAGCAGUAUGUCGACUGA